AAAGAGAGCGAGUAACAGAACAACAAAAAAAAAAAACAACGUUAAUCUACUAUUUCUAUUUCCUAGUAUAAGCAAAGUGGUGUGUUAAAAAUGUAAAAAAGCUGACUUCUGAGCUCAGUGUGUCAUUCGUCGUCCUCGUCAGCUGCGUCAGUGGAUAAAUAAAUAAUAAACAAAUAUUUAUAAUAUUAUUUUGAAACACUUUAAAUUGAGCAAACAAAUAAAACCACUCAAGCAAAACAAAGUGAAAGUUGUAAGAUUAAAUUUAGAUUGUUUGUAAACACUUCAACAUCUUUAAAUUGCACCAUCAUCUGUUAACAUGGAGACAACAAUCCAAAACAAAAAAACAAUCAACAAUGAUUUGCUACGAGAAAGAGAACAAUGUAAUUUUGAUCCAACUGAAUUGACUCAUCUUCUUGAUGGUAGUCCUGAAAAAACAAAAAUUCGUCGUUCACGAGAGGAAUAUUUUCUAAGUGAUCCAGAGUUGAAAGAUGAAAUACCAGCAGUAUAUAAAAGUCACAAAGAAAUUUAUGAGGAUGCUGUUAGAAAAGGAUGUUUGGUAUUGCAAAAAAUUAAUCAUUUACAAGAAAUUGGAAAAGGAGAUAUGGACAUGUACUCACAAUUAUUGGGUGGUUCAUUGGGCUCAGCAAUAUUAAAAGAUGGUAAUCCAUUGACUCUGCAUUAUGUUAUGUUUAUACCAACAAUAAUGGGACAAGGUUCAUCUGAACAACAAGGAUACUGGAUGCCACGUGCAUGGUCUUGUAAUAUUAUUGGUACAUAUGCACAAACUGAACUUGGACAUGGAACAUUUAUAAGAGGCCUUGAAACAACAUCAACAUAUGAUCCAAAAACAAAAGAAUUUAUAUUAAAUAGUCCAACAAGAACAUCAUACAAAUGGUGGCCUGGUGGAUUAGGACAAACAGUUAAUUAUGCUGUUGUUGUUGCACAAUUAUAUACUAAAGGUGAAUGUAAAGGUAUACAUCCAUUUAUUGUACAAUUACGUGAUGAAGAAACUCAUGAACCACUUGAUGGUAUUAAAAUUGGUGAAAUUGGAGCAAAACUUGGUAUGAAUGCAACAAAUAAUGGUUUUCUUGGUUUUGAUAAUGUUAGGAUACCACGUGAAAAUAUGUUGAUGAAAAAUUCACAAGUACUUGAAGAUGGUACAUAUGUUAAACCAGCAACCGAUAAAUUAACAUAUGGAACAAUGAUGUUUGUUAGAGUUGUUAUAGUUAAAGAUUUAUCAAGAUAUUUAUCAAAAGCUGUUACAAUUGCAAUAAGAUACAGUGCAAUUAGACGACAAAGUCAAAUUAAUACAAAUCAAGGUGAAUGUCAAAUAAUUGAUUUUGUAACACAACAAUAUAAAUUAUUUCCUAAUUUAGCAACAAGUUUUGCUAUUCUACUGGCAUCAACAGCAAUAUGGGAUAUGUAUAAUAAAGUAUCAGUUGAAUUGAAUGAAGGUGCAUUAGAAAGAUUACCAGAACUUCAUGCAUUGUCAUGUUGUUUAAAAGCAGUUGCAUCAUCAGAUGCAGCCAGUGGAGUUGAACAGCUACGUUUAGCUUGUGGUGGUCAUGGUUAUAUGGAUUCAAGUAAUUUACCAGCAACGUAUGGACUUGUCACAGCUGUUUGCACAUAUGAAGGUGAAAAUACUGUAUUGCUAUUACAAACAGCACGUUAUCUUGUUAAAGUAUGGAAACAAUCAGCUACUGGUAAAUUAUUACCACCAACUGUACAAUAUUUAUCACAAAUAUCACAACAAAAAACAAAAAAGAAAAUAUGGAAAAACACAUUGACAUGUAUGAUUAUUGCUCAUCAAGCUGUUGCUACUGGUAAAAUUAAAAUAGCAACAAAACAUAUGGAUGAUAGAAUUAAAAAUGGUACAUCAAGUGAAGAUGCAUGGAAUCAAACGAGUAUUGAAUUAACACAAGCUGCUGAAGCUCAUUGUCGUGCAUUUUUAAUAACACGUUUUAUUGAUUGGGUCAAAUCAAAACAUGGCAAAAUAUCAAAUGAAUUAUUUAUUGUGUUGUCACAAUUAUCAGAACUUUAUGCUGUCUAUUGGGUUCUUCAAAGAGUUGGUGAUUUUUUAAGAUUUUCAUGUCUUAAAUCAGAUGAUGUGCCGGUAUUACAAAAACGUCUUGAAGAAUUAUUAGCAGCAAUUAGACCAAAUGCUGUUGGUAUUGUUGAUGGUUUUGAUAUUAGAGAUGAAAUACUUGGUUCAACACUUGGUGCUUGGGAUGGUAAUGUUUAUGAAAGAUUAUAUGAAGAAGCUAUGAAAAGUCCACUCAAUCAAGAGAGUGUCAACAAAUCAUUCCAUUUAUAUUUAAAGCCACUUAUGAAAAGUCGUCUUUAAUAAAUUUAUAUAAUUUUACUAGCUUAGUCAAGCUAUUAAUUAUUAAUAAUGUCAAUUGAAAAUUUUUUAUAGAAACAAUUUACUUACUUUUGUACUCUACUCUAAAUUGUUUAUUUUAAAAUUUUUUUAAAUAAAUAUUGUUGAUAUAUUUAGAUAGUUUAUAAAUAUGUUGUAUUAAAAAAAAAAAAGAAAAUAUUAUGUCUUGGGUAUUAUAUAUUUAGAUAAUUAAAUAAAUAAAUUUAAAUUAUUAUCUUAUACAA